UAGAUGUUGGAUUUUUGAGGAUUCACGAUUCAACGUUAUUUUAUAACAACUCUUUUGAAGUUUCUAUCAUUUCAUUUUUCUAUCGUGAAAUAAAUUUUAAUUUCCUCAAAUUGAAUUGUGCAGUGAGUUAAAUGUACUUUAAAAAUUGCUCAAUUCCAUAAAAUUGCCGCUGUAGCCAAAACAUUAGCUUCAUUGCAUUUUUCAGUUAUCGGUGUUUCGAGCAUGACUGAUAAAACCCUUAAUUUCUUCUAGUUAUAUUGUCAGUUUUGAACAACUAACCCAAAAAUGACAUCUUCCAAUUCUCCGGCAGCUCUCGAAUGCCAGAGCUUACAAUUCCGGCAGUUGUGUAAACUGCAAACGAGGCAAGAUACUUCGAAAAAUGUCUACAAAAACCGUACCAAUUUACUGGCUACAUGUAGUUCUUACGGGUUGAUUUUUGUCGGAGAAGUAUCCGGUGUAAAAAUUAUUCCAAGCGGAAAAGUCUACGAAAAUAGUCAUAAUUUCAAUCCGAAAAAUGUACUGUCGAGUUAUUUGCAUAGGAACAUUCCGUUACCUUCUGCUCCUACCCACAUAGACGUUAAUGCCGAUCAACAGCUUCUUAGUGUAACGUAUAACAUACAGGAAACACCUUUUUUGAGGAUAUAUAACAUCGAUUCGGUCUUCAAACAAACUUUAUCGGUUCGAAACGAAGUAAGAUUAUCUUCAGUUGCUGGUACUCGUGUUAACGAUUUGAUGUGGAAUCCGGGUAAUCCUCAAAUGUUAGCGUGUUGCAUUUCUGACGGUACGAUGAAUAUUUACACGUUUGGAGCUGGUUCGUCUUUUGAUUUCAAAGGGUUACCGAAAGAAUCAAACGCGACGUGUGUUUGUUGGAGUCCUAAAGGCAAACAAAUAGUUGUCGGUAAUAUCAACGGUUUUCUAACCCAGUACACUCCGGAGCUGAAAGCAAUGAAGAACUACCCUCCGCCUAGUGGAAUUUUCACGAAACCUUGCACCAUUACUAGUUUGAAAUGGUUAUCUCCGUUUCAGUUUCUUGGCGUUUAUAAUGGUCAAGAACAAUAUGUUUCUAACGACGAGGUUUCUCAAGUCCAUAUCGUUGUUGUUAACACUCCGAAAAAUGCGCCGGUUACUUACGUAAAUUACGAAGAUAUAUGCUACAGUAGUGGCACCCUACGUCCUACUCAGUUUUAUUUUCAACACGUGCCUCAAUGGAAUACCGUAUUUGUUGCUUCUGCGAAUGCUAUGGAAGUAGGUGUUUUGGGAUUUUCGCCGGAUGAAAAUUUAUGGUAUCAGUGGAAUUUGGACGAUUCAGCUCGUGUCGUUUUACCUAUGAACAGAGCGGAUGAAACAUUCCCUAUCGGCGUAGCUAUCGAUUAUAGUUCUCAUAUUCAGACACCUAUAGGUGAUCAAGUUGUCCCAAUGCCUGUAUUCACCAUAUUGAACGACGAAGGAUUGUUAUGUUUGUAUUUGGUGAAUAAUUUCGUACCAAAUUUACCUCCAGUUUGUACAAAUCCCAAUCCACUUCCAAGCUUACAAUAUUUCUCAUCCGAAGACGUAUCUAAUCAAGCUAAAAUCGAACCGGUGAUAUCUCAAGUAGCACCAGCUGCUCCUUCUCCUGUACCUACGCAAGCUGCAACUCCACCUCAAACGUCUAUUCCUCCUCAAACUAGCAUUCCUACUGCGACAACUCCUCAAAUAAAUUUCAGCAGCGAAACCGGAUCGUUUCCUACGACUGGAAUGUCGUUCAAUAUGAAUCCCAUAUCAUCUCCUUUGAGUAAUUUCGGUGUUACGUCGACUUUUGCAAGUGUUAGCCCUAGUGUAUCGAUUGGUCAGAUGAACAGUGGAUCUCAAUUUGGUUCUGUAUUAUUGAAUCAGAAACCAGCUUCCCAGUUCCAGCAGCAACAACAGCAUCAACAACAACAACAGCAGCAGCCUGUGAUUACAGCGACUAGUUCUUUAGCUGAAGUGCGAAACGAUGUACCAAACCCUCCUGCUUCUGCUACUGCUGCGACGAUCAAUUUUGGUUCUGCAAUUCAACAAACUCAGUCACCUCAGAUUCAAGGCGAAGAUGCGAAUCAAAAAAUAAUUAAUUUACAAAAGAAACGCGAAGAAGCGCUUAACAAUUUGAAGAAGAAAGCUGCUGCUUUUGAAAGUGAAAUUCAAGAAUUCAAACAACUCACUGCUAGUAUUCAGGUUCAAAGCAACGGUCGUCCGUGUGAAAAUAUCAUCUCUCAGUUGGAAGCGAAUAAUAAUAAUUUGAAAGAACUCAACGAUAGUGCUCGUAACGAAGUAGAUAACUUGAAAACAUUCAUUAUUGAAGUUACAGCCUGCGUAAAAGAUGUAAAAUCCAAAUAUUUUCUUCUAAAUAAUCCUGGGUACCGUUCAUUAUCCGCAGCCCAAGCUCUCGACCCAGCCAGUGUGAACGCUCUGAAAAAUAUUGAAACAAAUAUACGCUACAUUCAGAGUCAAAUCGAAUUAGCUGAUAAGAAACUAGAUGAAAUGUGGUUCAAGUUUUGCGAAGAUUCGCCUGAGUCGGUGACAAAAAUUCCAAAAUUGGAAAACAUCUAUCGAACAAUCGUAGUGCAGCAGAAAAUUCUCAAAAUUCGUAAGCUCGAAAUGCAAUCAUUGGAGAAAAAAUUGAAGAAGUUGAGAUACCAAAUGUCGUUUGAACCUUCGUCCAACAGUAUCAAUAACGAAUAUAGCAACAGAUCUUUUGAAAUUCCUCUUCUAUCAGAAGAUCAAGCUCUAGCCGAAUUAACCAAAAACGUAUUGAGCUUAGGAACGAAUUCGGCUAACCAACUAGAUCCGAAUAGUAUAUCUGAAAAAUGCGUCAAGGAAUACGCGAAACGAUUUCAAUUGAGUUUCAGUAAACAAGCAAAAUUGCAAGAAUUGUACGGUACGCUGGACGCAGUGAAUCAUAUUCGUUCAGCCAAAUUGGAACGUUCGAAGAAGAAUUUAUUGAAGAGACAUUCUAAGAGUAUCAGCGCGCCAGAAUCUGCUGUAGAGAACCCUUCUCAACAAUUCGUCUCGCCUGUCAGCUCUGACGAUGACGCAGCUGGCAAAAAUACACUCAGCAGCGAACCUUUACAAGUAGCGUCUUCGACUCCGAAAAAAACUGGCACUAGAAUGAAUUUCAAUUUGGAAUCAACGUUUAUCGAAGAACCAUCGGCUAUUACUGAGCCCGAAGUUGUUCCAAGUAUGACAUUAAAGCUUUCUUCAUCUGUAUCAGCGUUUAGAGUUGAUAAACCUGACGCUGAAGUUGCAAAACCCAUCGCUGUGGUCUCUUCAGUCGACAAGGAGAAUGUAGAGAAACCGAUCGGUAUGGUUUCUAGUACACCGAUAACAUUCAAUUCAUUUAAUCGAGCUUUUCAAACAUCUAAUCAGACGACAACAACCAGCAUCGCCGCUACUACGAGUGCUCCAUCGCAUAGUGCAUUCUUCGGUAUGAAGCUUUCUACAGCCACUACGACCAGUACUACUAAUACAGUGGGAUCUUCGCUAUUCGGUGGAUUGAAAUUAGCUCCCAGUACAACAUCUAGUUCGAUCGGUUCGCCGUUAUCUUCUGCAGCUCCGGCCAUGGGAACGUCUCUGUUCGGUCAAAAUUUCGCCAGCAGCGUAGCCACUAAUAUGAAUGUUUUGAAAGAUGUUACCGGUGCUAUGAAUCUCACUCAGAAAGAAAUAAAACCGAAGGGUUCGUCAACUUCAAGCGCCUCUAACCUUACUCCUCCUACAACUAGUUUAUUCGGGGCUAAACCGAGCCAACCUAGUCAAAUCAACAAUGCUCAAACAGCAUCGCCAGUUACUAGCCCGGCAACAACUUUGGCUGCCGAUAAACCUGCCGAAGAAGUGAAACCUGCUGCGACUUCAGCUCCAGCUAAUAUACCGGGCCUGGUUACCAUCGCUUUCACCGCACCUAGUGCACCAGCUACGGUUGCCAGCCAGAGUUCAAUCUUUGGUAAACCCACCGCCACCGUUGUCUCUUCCGCCGCACCGGCGAUUCCAUCGACUGGUUCGUCGAUUUUCGGAUCAAGUUCUUUGUUUGGUAAAGCGCCAACGUCAUCGUCUGCUGACACGAUCAACUUCGGAGCCGCGUUCUCGUCUUCGAGUUCUAUAUUCGGGACAAAACCAGCGUCGCCGACUGCAGCAGCUGCUACUGCAGCUCCGAGUACGCCUACGUCUACCAAAAGUAACGUAUUUACUUCGUUCAGCUUCGCUUCCAAGCCCACUACUACCAGUGGAGUAACUAUAUCGGAAAUUACGUCGGAGAAUACCGCCGAAGAGCCUUCCAGCACGAGUGAAUCCACUACCAGUGCCACCGCCGCCAUCAAUACUUUCAGUUUCGCCAACCCUCCGUCAACGGCGGCUACUUUCGGAACCCCUGUAUCGCAAGCUGAACCGAACGACGUGUCUGUUUCGAUAACCCUGACACCGACCAGUACUCCAGUCUAUGGAUCUCCGAGUACACCAAUUAGUGCGGUUAGUUCGACCACUCCGACUUUGGUUACGCCACCAUUGACAUCUGCACCAGCUCUAAAUACUCCGCCGGCCAGUUCGGCCGCAUUCGCUGGCUCGUUUUUCGGCGGAUUAAGUAUUAGUGCUACGACCACGACGGCUGCUUCGACUAGCUCGAUAUUCGGCAAACCAGCUACCAACACGAGUUCUGUAUUCGGCGGUGGUAAUGUGUUCAGUCAGAAACCAAGCACUACGACGACUCCUUCAACGCCAUCUAAACCGAUAUUUGGAACCGGAGGAUCAUUAUUUGGUCAAAGUGCACAACCUAGUCAGGAAAAUAAAAGUAUAUUCGGACAGCCGGCUGGGCAGGAGAAUAAAAGCGUCUUUGGGAUACCUCAAAAUACACCAGCUAAUCAAGAGAAUAAAAGUUUAUUCGGCGGCCAAAAUACACCAGCUAAUCAAGAGAAUAAAAGUUUAUUCGGUGGUCAAAGUACACCAGCUAAUCAAGAAAAUAAAAGUUUAUUCGGCGGCCAAUCUCAAGGUGGUUUUCAAUCCAGUACAGGGCCUGUAUUUGGUACUAGCACAGGCGGUGGCUCGUCCAUAUUUGGAACUAGUAAUACGUUUUCUGGAAUGGCUGCUACAACUCAAAGCAAUACGUUCGGGUCUGGUGCCGGUGGCGGAUCUCUUUUUGGUUCUAACGCAUUUAGCAAUACUACUCCUAAUUCUUCCUUCCAAGGAGCUACUCCUGCAGGAUUUGGUUCACCUCCUAGUUUUGGAAGUACCGUUCAGCAGCAACAAAACACCGGUGGAUUCGGAUCUCCGCCUGCAUUUUCAAGUGUUUUUAAUAAACCUGCUGGUCAGUUCUCUGCUUUUGGAAGUGCUCCGUCGUUCGGUGGUUCUCCAUCAUUUGGAAGCAGUCCUAACAAAUUAUUUGGUCAAAAUACACCCGCAAUGGGAGGAUUUGGUGGUGCUACUCAGCAGCAACCCACUUCGUUUGAGAAUUUAGCCAAUGAUCAAAAUACAAUUGGUUUUGGAAACCUGGCUCAACAGCAACCUACGGCAGGAUUUGGUUCUCCACCGUCGUUUGGAGCUGCGCCGUCUCAACCAACAUUUGGUUCUUCCGGUUUCGGUGGGCAAUCGUUCAGUAGUUGGCGUUGAAUGAGCUACCAUAGUUAAUUGUGAUUUACUUGUUUGUGUCCGAAAGAUGAUUCCUUCCUUUGGUGAUAUCAGGAUAUAUUGUAAAGUUGAUAUUUUAUUAAUUUUUUAUACAUUAUUUACGUAAUGAAAUCAUUGAUUUGUUUUUUUUAUUUAUUAAAUCAUUCUGUCAAUU